AUGGAGUUGAUGAGGCAAGGUGCAAUGCUGACCGUGUUAGGUACACUUUUGGCAGCAUUGGCCUGGCCAGCAACAUUACUUGCUGCUACUGAUUUUAUAGACAGCAAAUGGACAAUUGCUAUUGACAGAUCGGACAAAGCAGGGAAGCUGCUGGCUGAAGUGUUACUAAAAGGGCUGCAAGGGAACAGGCCUGUAACACUUGUGGGUUACUCACUUGGUGCACGUGUAAUUUUCAAGUGUCUUGAGACUUUGGCCGAGACAGAACAUAGUGCGGAAGUUGUAGAAAGAGUCGUUCUUCUUGGAGCGCCCAUCUCUAUUAAGGACGAGAAGUGGGAAGCUGCAAGAAAGAUGGUGGCUGGAAGAUUUGUGAAUGCUUACUCGACCAGUGACUGGACUCUUGGAGUUGCUUUUCGUGCAAGCCUACUCACUCAAGGAUUAGCUGGAAUCCAACCAAUUACCGUUCCAGGGAUUGAGAAUGUAGACGUAACUGAUCUUAUUGAAGGCCACUCUUCCUAUCUAUGGGCAACACAGCAGAUUUUGGAACAGCUUGAAUUGGAUGCUUAUUAUCCUGUUUUCAGGAGCUCUCCUCCUCGUGAACCGAGAGAGUGA